AUGGCCCACGGGUCUCACGUCCUUGCGCAUCGGAAGUCCUCAGGGUCCACCACCGAAAAUCCUCUGAGUCGCCAUUCUCGAGAACAUCGUCGAUCUCAUGAAGUUGACAUCGAGGCACAAGCCUCCACGUCUGCACCUCCCAGCCGACACGGAUCGAUACCACCCCACCAUGUCCAAAUUCAAGAGAAUCCUGAGGUGAUACAUCAUAGACAUGAAGAAGACGGCGAGCAUGCUGUUCCGCAACUCCACCGCUCCGACACAAGUGCCUCUAAAUCUACAAUGAAGUCUCUACGCAGGAGGGGCCGCGCAGACACUACCAACAUCAUCUAUGGAUCUGCCGAAAUGGGACGAACAACUGGCUGGGCGCCUGGACAAGAACCAGGCAUUGACACAAGUGAUCCUGCUCCCCCUUAUAGCCAGUCAGCUGGUGGAGAUUCAAUACAUUAUGAGCAGCUCAGUCAACGAUGCGAGAUCACGGUGGUGGACUUCGGCAACGAUGCAAUGUCCACCACAGAUCUGGAUAAUGAUAAUAUUGGAGAAUUCCUGCUGAAACCGCCUGAUCCGUGGUCGGAUGUUAGAUGGAUCAAUGUCAACGGCCUUUCGUGGGAUGUCAUUAGACUUCUGGGAAAUCACAAGCGCCUUCAUAGGCUCGCUAUCGAAGAUCUGAUCCAUACCAAAAAUCGAACCAAGGUGGACUGGUACAACGACCAUACCUACAUGGUUCUGCCAUUACAAAAGCUAAUCAAUCUCGAGGAAGAUCAUGACGGUGAUGAUUCAGAUGGGGGAGGUUCUGAUAGCGAUUGGGUGGAGGAUCAGGAGUCAGAAUAUCGUACAAGGGUCAUCACCGAGCGCCAAAGGAGAAGACGGGAGCAGAAACGAAGAAAAGGCGCUAUCCUUUCACUCUGGGAGGAUAUCCGGAGGCCCAACAGGAAAAAGAAGGUGAAUGAGAUUCCGGACAUAGCCAAUCGGCUCCAACCUUCAAACAGCUUCAAGAACUCCAGCAAGGUUGAAACUCCGUGGGCACCCCGGAAAAUCCGAACCAUGCAACGAUAUCACGCGGGCCCAAACCAGGACCGUAUCGAAUACAUGGAACGGCAUGCCGUUUUGGCACCAAAGGGCAUCGGAGUCUCGAUGGAACAAGUUUCCAUUUUCCUUUGCGCGGACAAUACAGUCAUAUCGUUCUUCGAAUACUCGGCCCACGACGUGCAAACUCCCAUCAUCCACCGAUUGCAAUCUCCAGGCACGAUUCUUCGCCAGUCGUCAGAUGCGUCGAUGCUUGCGCAAGCCAUCCUCGACGCCAUAAUCGACCUCGCCAUACCUGUCACGACCGCCUACCAAGAUGCCAUCGGCGACCUGGAGCUCGACGUGCUCACUGACCCGGACAUCCACCAAUCCACCACUCUGUACAUCCUCACGUCUGAAAUCGCCAUCCUGCGCAACGCCAUCGCCCCCGUCGUCCAACUCAUCGGCGCCCUGAAAGACCACAAGUCCGAUGCAUCUGCCUCAGUCCCACUCGCUCGCGCCGCCAGCCCCUCGCUCGAAAUGAACGGCGAUCCUCUCAUCAAACCACAACCACAUCCAUUCGUCCGCAAACAAUCAUCGGCCGUCACCUCUGGCGUGCAAAUUUCCCCGAUGACCAUAACAUAUCUAGGCGACGUCGAAGACCACGCCCUUCUCAUCCAAGACUCGUACGACCAAAUGCGUCGAGGCGCCGAUAAUCUUUCCGACUUGAUCUUCAACACGGUCUCCGCGUACCAGAACGAGAGCAUGAAACAGCUCACUAUCGUGACGUGUUUCUUCUUCCCUCUGACCUUUAUCACGGGCUACUUCGGCAUGAACUUUGCCGAAUUCCCCGGCGUCAUGAAACAUAGUGACGGAUUCUUUUGGACCAUCGCUGCGCCCGUUAGUGUCGUGGUAUUCUUGUUGCUGAUGCGCGAUGUCCUUAUCCGUUGGGUCGUCCGGUGGGCUAAUAAAACACUCAUCGAAAGAGGGAGGAGGAGGAGAUUGGCGAGGACUUAG